AUGCGUCUGCAGCAGUCGGCACCACGUCUGACAGGCGGGCUCCGAGAAGGAGAAGGCCUCCAGGUCGCCGCGGGCAGUGACAGCUCCGUCUGCGCGCAGGACACACGCUGUGACAGCAGCAGCGGGCACUCGCUGCUGCUCAUCACGCAAGACAGUCGCAGUGCCGGGGCCGCUCCUGGCCCAGAACCCCGACGGGAGGGAGGACUCGCGGGCACUGACGGUGGGAGCGCCGGCGAGAGCAGCCCGGGCCACACGAGCAUCGCGAUCGGACGCCACUGCCUUAGUGUUACACUCUCCUUGUACCUGCGGCUCCCCAGCUGCAGUCCUCCGAGCGCCUGUCAGCUCUGCGCGGUCACGUUUGUACCCGCGGGUGGCGGCGAGAACCGCAUCCAGGCAGAGGGCCGCCUCACAGAGACUGCUGUCCUGGCUGGGAAGACGCGGAGCCUCUGGGGAGGGUGCCACGCUGACUGGGACAGCGGGGCCCCAGACGCUCUGAUCCCCCGGCCAGGCAAGGCCUCUCUGCAUUAUUCCUUCCUGGCAUCAGAAUUUGGAAUCAUGGACAAAGUAAGCGUGUUGUCGGCCUACAUCGCGCCCUUCAAGCACUUAAGCCCCGGGGCCGCGAACACGGAGGACGAAGACAGUCUAAGUACCAGCAGCGCAGACGUGAAGGAAAACCGCAACGUGAGCAACUGGGAGGCGAGGCCCCUGGCCGCCGGUGACCGGGCCCGGGGCAGCGCGCCGGGUGUGAAGCGCAAGAGGCCACUGGAGGAGGGCAACGGUGGGCACCUGUGCCCGCUGCAGCUCGUCUGGAAGCAGCUCUCGUGGUCCGUGGCGCCCAAGAACGCGCUGGUGCAGCUGCACGAGCUGCGCCCAGGCCUACAGUACCGCAUGGUCUCCCAGACGGGCCCCGUGCAUGCCCCGGUCUUCGCCGUGGCUGUGGACGUCAACGGGCUCACCUUUGAGGGCACGGGGCCCACCAAGAAGAAGGCCAAGAUGAGGGCAGCUGAACUGGCGCUGAGGUCCUUCGUGCAGUUCCCCAACGCCUGCCAGGCCCACCUGGCCAUGGGCAGCGCCGCCGGCCCAUCCACGGACUUCACCUCCGACCAGGCCGACUUCCCCGACACGCUGUUCAAGGAGUUCGAGCCCGCCGCCCCCAGCGAGGCCUUGCCCGGCCGCCGCCCUGCUGACCCCGGGCUGCUGGUUCCCACGCGCCCACGGGGACGGCUGCUCUACCACCCGCUGGACCUGGUGGGCCCCACGGCCCCGGGCGACAGGAACCCCGUGGUCGUGCUGAACGAGCUGCGCUCCGGCCUGCGCUACGUGUGCCUCGCCGAGCCGGCCGAGAAGCAGCGCGCCAAGAGCUUCGUCAUGGCCGUGUGCGUGGACGGCAGGACGUUCGAGGGCUCAGGACGCAGCAAGAAGCUGGCCAAGGGCCAGGCGGCGCAGGCCGCCCUCCAGGCCCUCUUCGACAUCCGGCUGCCGGGCCACGUCCCCAGCAGGAGUAGAGGUCAGCUCCUGCCCCAGGAAUUCGCAGACUCCGUGUCCCAGCUGGUCACGCAGAAGUUCCGCGAGCUGACCGCGGGCCUGGCGUCGGCACACGCCCGCCACAAAGCGCUGGCGGGGAUCGUCAUGAGCACAGGCUUGGACGUCAGGCAGGCGCAGGUCAUCGUCCUGUCCUCAGGCACCAAGUGCAUCAGCGGCGAGCACAUCAACGACCAGGGGCUGGUGGUCAACGACUGCCACGCGGAGAUCGUGGCGCGGAGGGCGCUGGUCCAUUUCCUGUACGCACAGCUGGAGCUGCACCUCAGCAAGCGGCGGGAGGACUCGGAGCACUCAAUAUUCGAGCGGUCCAAGGACGGCGGCUACCGGCUGCGGGACAACGUGCUGUUCCAUCUCUACGUGAGCACGUCGCCCUGCGGAGACGCCAGGCUGCACUCGCCCUACGAGAUCACGGCCGACCUGAACAGCAGCAAGCACAUCGUCAGGAAGCUCCGCGGACACCUGCGCACGAAGAUCGAGUCUGGGGAAGGGACCGUCCCCGUGCGGGGCCCCAGCGCCGUGCAGACGUGGGACGGCGUCCUGCUGGGUGAGCAGCUGGUCACCAUGUCCUGCACAGACAAGAUCGCCAGGUGGAACGUGCUGGGCCUGCAGGGGGCGCUGCUCUGCCACUUCAUCGAGCCCGUGUACCUGCACAGCAUCAUCGUGGGCAGUCUGCACCACACCGGCCACCUCUCCCGGGUGAUGAGCCACAGGACCGAGGACAUCGGCCAGCUGCCGACCGCGUACCGGCACAACCGGCCCCUCCUCAGCGGCGUGAGCCACGCCGAGGCCCGGCAGCCCGGCAAGUCCCCGCACUUCAGCGUGAACUGGGUGGUGGGCAACACGGACGUGGAGGUCAUCGACGGCACCACCGGCCGGAGGAGCUGCGGCGGCUCCUCGCGGCUCUGCAAGCACGUGUUCUCGGCGCGGUGGGCGCGGCUCUACGGAAAGCUGAGCACGCGGAUCCCGAGCCACGGAGACGCGCCGUCCGCUUACUGUGAGGCCAAGCGGGGGGCCUGCACCUACCAGUCUGUGAAGCAGCAGCUGUUCGGGGCCUUCCAGAAGGCCGGGCUGGGCACGUGGGUGCAGAAGCCGCCUGAGCAGGACCAGUUCCUCCUAGCCCUCUGAGCCGCCCACCACGGACCCCGGAGCCGAGGGGGCGCCCGGACAGGGGUGGGGGGCGCUCCCCGCUCUUCCGGCUCACUUCCCCUUGGCGUUCCAGAAGCACAUGCGUGGCCACCGUCUGACGGGCAGCUGGACUCGAACCAGGAGCGCGCUGCUCCCACGCUGUCAGAAGCCGGCGGCCACUCUCCUCCUCUGUGUCCGAGGGAAAGCUUCCGAUCGGGCUGAAGGGUCUGAGGUGCAGCGGGAACAGCAGAGCCUUGGGCACCGUCCCCUGCGUCUCCCUCCCCGCCCCGCGCCUGGAUGACGGUCUGGUUCUCUCGAGCACACGCUGACGCGACACUUCAGGAUAAGCCACAAUGAAGAGAAAAGCCAUGGGCUCCUCCCCAAAGAAGCCGACAGAAUGCUCUCCCGUCCUCAUCACUCACUUAGGUUUUACUCCACCUCCUUCCACGGCAGAUCUGAGAUGCACAAUGUUGAAGAACCCCUGACCCAGGACCCGAGAAAUGAAGACCAGUCCUGCAGAGCGAAGGAGCAGGCCCCACAGCGCCCGUGCGCUGAGAUGUAGGGCAAACUGAACUCCCCGACCCCAUGCCACAGACCGCCGCACCUGGACCAGUCCCCACCGGUCCCCGCCGGCCCCCACCAGCCCCACCAGCCACACCCGACCAGUCCUCACCGGUCCCUACCAGCUGCCCCCAGGCAGGUGCCACAGCCACUGGCAACGUUUGAGCCACACACAGGUUAGUAACGGCUCCAUGAGCCCCUCACCAGGUCACAAGGACACCAAGUCUUGGACCACACUCCGACUUUUGAAGUAAAUUCUUAUCAGAGAGCGAGCACAGGAAAACCACCCAGAGCAACCUUUACUUGGGGGCAUGGGAAGCUACCAGCUCUCCACAGCUUUGGGUCCCCUAAUCACCAUCUUGCAUGACUGAACAAAACAUCACUCAAAGCAGCUGCUGAAAUGCAAGAGGCAGGAUUCUGUCCCCUUCAGAGAAGGUCCCGCACAACCAGACCAGGUGGGCCCUCGCCUGUGGCGCCCUUUCUAAGAGCCAGGGCAAGACCACAUGGCCUGUCUGUGCCAGAGGGAGGCAUUUCUCUUCCGCGCCUCAGUGCACCCCGGCACCCUGCGCUCACACGGCGGAGGACUCGUGUCUGACCCCCGCCCUGAUACUGAACAGGCCUCCGGUCUCUCCGACAGAAGAUCACAUCCGCGGUUCACUGAGCCGAGGAGAAAAGCUUCGCGCCGCCGGCCUGGGCGUGGGCCUCCCGGUUAGGUCCCAGCUGGCCGCCCGUGGGCGCACACCCUGCCAACACAGGAUCACCCGUAACCCACGAAAUGUGAGCGCAACAUCCCGCUGUGGACAUUCAAGUACAGAUUACAGAUGUAACCACGAGGCACAAAUGAAACAAUCAGAGAUUUGUUACGGGCUAAGGAGCAGAGGUGUUAGUAAGGGCGCAGACUGUCCCUGGAACUUCACGUAGGGUCAGACUCGCCACUCCAGUUCUUCUAGAAAAGAAAAUGGGCACUGAGUGCACAAGUUCUUCGAGACAACCUUCUGAAAAAUAUGAAAAUGUUUUUACAAACAUGACUCCUAUCAAUGUUUCAUAAAAAUUGAGGAAAUACAAUGAAAUGUUAAUUCAGCACAAAACUAUAAUCGAAAUGCCACUUUGCAUUAGUUUCUGAUCGUCUGACGUGUCACCAGGAGGAAGCCUAGGGACCCAGAAGCCCUCAGAGCUGACUUGUGACUGGCACUCUGACUCGCCCGUCUCGGGAGCCCUCCUCGGAAAGGAAGGGGCGCCGGCGAGUCCUGGCAGAAACCUGUGUCCCGAACUGUCCAUUGCUGACAUUCUGGACUACUGCUGUCUAUCAGCGUGCUCCAGGUAUCGGUCCUCCACACAGAGGAGCCCAGGACGGACGCCGGACACCCCUCCACACAACACACAGCGGGUUCCACCAGGCCUGACCCCAGCGACUGGGCGGCGCUCAGCUCGCUAAUAAGGGACACUGCCGCAUGGCCUGAACUGUGGCUUCCCGGUCACUUCAUUUCGUCUGAGAUGCUGGCUCUCCAGAAAUGUCACUAAACUAUAAGUGUCUCCUCCGGGAAAAGCCACACGGCAGCGCCAGUGCAGGACUGUCCGCCCGGCCAGCAGGCGCGUCCUGCGAGGAGAGGGGACAGCUCCACAGAGGAGGCUGACGGGGGCAGAGGCGCCAAGGCAGCAGCAGGCCCGGCGGAGAGCCUGGGCGUGGUGCAGAGCUGGCUGUCCCGGAGUGGGGACGGACGGGACACCGGGAGGCGGCGCCCACGGGGCUGACGGGAGGCCAGCUCAUAGGGCUCUGCUCCAGCACCUGCUGAGGCCUGAGGAGCUUGCUCUGUGCCUCAAAGUCCCGAGAACGCUCCACGGCUCUGGGUCAGAAGCCAGGCCAGCGCUGUAGUGUCAUCGGUGACUCAGAGCCUGGAGACGAGCCCAUGGACACCCCGCCACCCUGGGCUUCCGGAAGGAAAACCGCGCACAGGUAUGUGAAACGUGACUUUCAGGCGCCCCAAGGCCACAGCGCAGAGGCAGGCUGUCUCAGCUCGCCUCCAGCCCGCGGCACCCUAGUCCUCCGUCCUCCUCCGUCCCCGGGGCCUGCGACUCCCGCCCAAACAAAGUCCCGCCACCUCCAUCAGCCUCCAGAGCGCCCGCUGCGUUCCCGGCGGGAAGGCCAGCAGAGGACGGCUUCCUGCCCGGCCCUCAGCCACAAGGUCAGUGUCAGCGAGCGUGUCCACGGGACUACGCCCAAGGGGAGCCACCCGGUCCCCGAGCUCCGCGGGUCCAUUCCUAGCAUGCGGCGUCACGGCGCGGGACUGGGUCCAGGGUUUCUUCGGUUUUCCUUUUUGCCACGAGGAAAGGAUCUACAGGUCUGGAACUGUUGUUUCAUUUUAUACCUGUUGGUCUCUUCAAGUCUGUACAUACCUAUCCUGUCACUACCGGUUUUGUGAGUCUUGAUGUUCCUCAGAAAUGUCAAGUCCAGUUUUUCCCACAUAAUUUCUCAUAUGAUUUCCUUUCAGAGGAAGCUGUUCUUAUCAAUAAGGUUAAAUGGUUGUUUUGGCUUUGGUUUUUGGUUUUCGUUUUUUGUUUUGUGUGGG